CGGAGGCCGAGCGUGAGGAGCGGCCCGGGCCCGCCGCGCUGCCGCCGCCGAGUGCCGCCCGCCGCGGGGCUCCGCGCGACGCCCCGCACGCACCCGCACGCCUCGCUUUUUGCAGAGAGAAGGAAGAUGGAAAGCAACGCGGUGCUGCUGGAGUCCAAGUCCUCCCCUAUCAACCUGCUGAAUGAGAUGCACCAGCUGCGGCUCCUGGGCCACCUCUGCGACGUGACCGUCAGCGUGGAGUACCAGGGCGUCAGGGCAGAGUUUGUGGCUCACAAGGCUGUGUUGGCGGCGACCAGCAAGUUCUUCAAGGAGGUGUUCCUCAACGAGAAGGGCAUGGACGGCCCAAGGACCAACGUCUUCCUCAACGAGGUGCAGGUAGCCGAUUUCGCCUCCUUCCUUGAGUUCGUCUACACCGCAAAGGUCGAGGUGGAAGAAGACAGAGUGCAGCGCAUGCUAGAAAUAGCCGAAAAGCUCAAGUGCUUGGACCUCUCGGAAACUUGCUUCCAGCUAAAGAAGCAGAUGCUCGAAUCCGUGCUGCUGGAGCUGCAGAACUUCUCCGAGAGCUCCGAGGAGGAGAGCACUGCCCAGGGCAGCCUGUUGCUGGAGCCUGGGGCAGCCGCCGCGGCGGAAGCUGAGCGGGCGGAGCGUGCCCCGGAUCCCGCAGGCUCCGCAGCGCCCGGGCCCGGCCGCGGGACGGCUCCCCAGGGGCCGGCUCCCAAACCGAGAGAGAAGGCAGACAAGAAGAAGGAUUUGGUGAAGCCUCCUUACGCCAAAAUCAGAAGGGCGAGCGGGAGGCUGGCCGGGAGGAAGGUGUUUGUGGAAAUCCCCAAGAAGAAAUACACGAGGCGGCUGAGGGAGCAGCAGAAGAGCGCAGAGGUGGCUGCAGAAGGAGACAGGUACCCUCAGGGUGAGGAUGCGUGCGACACGGAGAGAGAGGAGGAGGAGGAUGAGGAGGAGCAGGCAGAGAGCGACAUGAAACCCGAGAGCGAAGAGUGUGACGGCAGCUUGGAAGCGGAGGGCAGCCCGCAAAAACGCGAAGAGGACAAGAAGAAACGAGGCAGCAACUUCAAGUGCAGCACGUGCCAGAAGGAAUUCCUGUACGAGAAAAGCUUCCUGAAGCACAUCCAGCACAGCCACGGCAUCGCAGCCGAGGUCGUGUACCGGUGCGAAACCUGCGGCCAGACCUUUGCCAACCGCUGCAACCUCAAAAGCCACCAGCGGCACGUCCACAGCAGCGAGCGCCACUUCCCUUGUGAGCUCUGCGGUAAGAAGUUCAAGAGGAAGAAGGACGUCAAGAGGCACAUUCUCCAGGUUCAUGAGGGUGGUGGGGAGCGUCAUCAGUGCCAGCAGUGUGGAAAGGGGUUGAGCUCCAAAACUGCCUUGAGGCUCCAUGAAAGGACGCAUACAGGCGACAAGCCUUAUGGGUGCACAGAGUGUGAGGCUAAGUUUUCUCAGCCUUCUGCACUUAAAACACACAUGAGAAUCCAUACUGGUGAGAAACCUUUUGUCUGUGAUGAAUGUGGUGCCAGGUUCACUCAGAAUCACAUGCUUAUCUAUCACAAACGCUGUCACACAGGGGAGAGGCCAUUCAUGUGUGAAACAUGUGGGAAGAGCUUUGCCUCCAAGGAGUACUUGAAACACCACAACAGGAUCCACACGGGCUCCAAACCUUUCAAAUGCGAAGUCUGCUUCAGGACGUUUGCGCAGAGGAACUCGCUCUACCAGCACAUCAAGGUGCACACAGGGGAGCGUCCCUACUGCUGUGACCAGUGUGGGAAGCAGUUCACGCAGCUGAAUGCGCUGCAGCGGCACCACCGCAUCCACACCGGCGAGAAGCCCUUCAUGUGCAACGCCUGCGGCCGCACCUUCACCGACAAGUCCACCCUGCGGCGGCACACCUCGAUACACGACAAAAACACCCCCUGGAAGUCCUUCCUGGUCGUUGUGGAGGGAGCAGCCAAGAGCGACGACGGCCACAAAACCGAGCUCCCGGAUGAGGAAUACGAGGUGUUGCCCAAGCUCCCCGACAAGCCGCCGCCUCUCCCUGAAAACGGCCACUGCCAGAGCGUGGCGGCCGGCCCGGGCAGCCUGCCAGCCCCGCAGGGCCACGGCUCCGCCUGCAAGGCCGCUGGGGCGCCGGGGCCGCAGCCAGCCCUGCUGGCCGGCUCCCUGAGCGAGCUGACGCUGCUGCACACACAGACGGGCUCCGCUCAGCCCCAGCUGCACGCCCUGGUCAACAUGGAAUAACCUGCCUACCGGAUCCCGUUUUAACCUUUGGAUAAUCCUUUGACUGUGCCACCAUAUCGCCAGGAGAAGCCGCUCCGGGGAGGGGCUGGAGCUGGAUCUCCUCCCCGCAGCCGUGGCCGCCCAGCUCCGGCAGGCAGAGCGCCGGCCGCCCGGGGCGCUGGUGCCGCAGCAGCAGCCGUCCCAGGGAGCCGUGGGACUGCGGCGGUGGGCUGCAGGCGGCCCGCGACCCCCCAGGCUGCGCACCAAGGUGGGACUCGGCUUUGCACUUGCUCUGGUGGCAGAGGCGUACAAUCAGGAGGAGGGAGGCCGUGCUUUGCAGCCGCAGAGCUCAGGGGAAGCCCUGGGCUGGAAAUGGAUGCAAACGGUGGGUUUGAGCAAGCUGCUUGUGGGGAAGGGUGUGUUUAAUCUGUGCAGCAAGGAGGCGGCUCGCUGCUGGCGAGUGGGAGGAGCCGGAGGCUCAGCACCAGGUUUGGUUCUCGGGGUGGGAUCGGUCCGUUUCAGCGCUGCUGGACACUGGCGGUCAGGCGGUUUUGGCGGUGAAGAGACAGACACGUCCCAUGUCAAAAGGUCAGAGGCUUAAGCUCCGUGGGAAAAGUGAGAGGAGAAAGUUUGUUGUGUUUGAGCUGCUACUUUGUUUGUUUGGCGGCGGUUCCGGCGGGGUCAGCAGAGGGCAGCAGCGGCUUUUCUCCUGCACGGAGGGACUGUGCUCCUAGGCUGCCUCAGCUCCCUGCAGGAGGCUCCGGACGGAGGUUUGCUUGCAGUCAGGGAGGUGUGUGACCGAUGCCGUGGGAAGAUGUGAGUGAGAGAUGCGGGUAGAGGACCGCAGGCUAUCAUUUCCCGGGGAGUGUGUCUUUGUCAGGCACUGCUGGACUCUGAGUGGCGGCUGUAGGUGGCUGCACCACUGUGGAUGUCAAAACACGGAGCUUUUAAGUCACUUUCCUGUUUGUUUCGCUGUUCCCUUCGACUGCUGAUGUGAUGUUUCCACUGUAGCUGUGAGAGAAGCUUGCCCCAGGUAGCAGCAGUGUAAGGAUAAGCACACGUGAGCCAUGUUUAGGGGCUGGCAGAGCAAUAAGGAUGCCCAGAGUGUGGCCCUGAGCGAUUUUUGAACCCAAAAGGUUCAGUCAGAGGCGUGUCUGUGGCACCAGAACUUGAUGUAGAAGAGAAAGGGACUAUUUUUGAGAGAGAGCAUUUGCAAGAGGCUAUAUUUGAAGUAUUUAUUUGAGCAGGCUGCCCCUGGUGAAGCUCAGCCCCGUGCAGAGCUGGUGUAGACACGUGUACAGCCUGAGCUCUGGCGCCCUGCAGCUGGGGCCACUGCUGUACUCCUGCCUUGUACAGGCCUGAGUGAGCCCUGUGAACUGUUCUGAUUAAAAUGCUGAAAGCUUCAA